AUGAUUUCUGAGUCAUUCUAUGAAGAGCCAAAACUCUGCAUAAUCGGUGCCGGUUUCGCUGGUCUUCGUGCCGCCCGUCACUUCGAGCAACUCGGUGUCGACUACCUCCUUCUCGAGGGCUCGGAUCGUGUGGGUGGUCGAGUGUAUCCAUUUGAAUACCAGAAUGGAUUCCUUCACUUUGGAGCUGAAUAUGUGAACGGUUUCGAUAAUGAAAUUUAUGGAAUUGUUGAGAAACUCGAUUUGCUGGAUAAGUUUGAGCCAAGGACUGCGGAUUUGUGGAUGCUGGAUGACGGUACGGUUACAGUAGUCGAUGGAAAACAAGUUGAUAGAGAAACUCUAAAAACCUUCCAUGAGUUCGUCAAAUCUCUCAACGAGACACUCUACCUGGAAUCUCAGAAAUCAGAAGCAUUCCUGAAGAGUGUCGAUUCGAAAAUUGAUGAAAACCUAGACAAUUCCUCAAUCCCAGAUCGUGAUUUAUUUCGGAAGCUAUGUGGAAUUUAUAAAAACUAUUUUCAAACCGAGUGGUCUAGCCCGGUUCAAGAGCUAUCACUCUCUAACCUAUCUCUCUGGGACGAUGGAACUGACGAUGAGGAUUCUGCAGUGCUCAACGAAUAUGGUUUCCAAAAGAUUCUAGAAGAAUUCAAGUCGAAAAUUCCAAAAGAUAAAAUCCGCCUCAAUUCCAAAGUCAUAAAUAUCAACUCGGAGAAUCCCGACGUCAAAAUCUGUCUAGAAUCCGGAGAGAUUCUCAACUUUGACGCAGUCAUUGUCACCAGCUCAUUGGGAUUUUUAAAGGCCCAUCAUAGAUCUCUCUUCACUCCUCAAUUACCACGUGACAAGCAAGAAGUUAUCGAGAAAAUGGGCUUCGGGAAUAAUUUGAAGGUUUUCAUGGAGUACGAGACACCAUGGUGGUCACAAGACACCUCAACGAUAAUGAUUACAUCUGAAGGUCAAAUGAAUGAUUUCAUGGUUUUUCAGCCGAGUAAUUGGGCUGAAAAUAUCUUAACCUGCUGGAUCGCCGGCAGUGGUCCUUCUCUAGUCGCACAACUGUCCGAUUCGGAGCUAAAGAACCUUCUAGACGCUCAUCUGAAACAUAAUCUCAAGUCAUUCCACGUGGAAUCAUCCGUGAGAAUCUACCGAAAGAAUUGGAUAAGCGAUGAGUAUGCGCUAGGCAGCUAUUCGUAUCUUACACCAGGACAGCACGGGACCGAAGAUAUUCAAACACUUGGUGAACCGGUAAUAGGAGAAGAAGGGAGGCCACUCGUUUGUUUCGCUGGCGAGCACACCGACCCGACGAUGUAUCAAACGACAGUUGGAGCGGCGAGAAGUGGGAUGAGGGAAGCAGUGAGAAUAAUGAAGGCAUAUUUUCCUUGCGAAUAA